AUGAGCAGAAAACAAAAGAAAGUUACAGAACCAAUUCAGCUAGGAGGAAAUUCAUUAUCGGAAGAUACAAUGGAAUCUUUAGAAAGCCAAGAGCAAGAAGAUCAAGGCCAAAAUAACCUACUAAACUCAGAAACUAAGACAUACUUGGAUGCAGUGAUUAAGGAUACUGCAACUUCAAUAAUUCAAACAAUGCG